AUGUCAUUAAACGAUUCAACAAGACCUCACAGUGAUAAGGUGGAAUACAUAGAGUCAGGGGAAAAGAUCACUAGAUAAGAAGCCAUUUAAAUCUUACUUUCCAUCUCUUUCGGAGUUGGCUAUUUAUUCCUUCCCCUUUCAUUUUUUGGUAGAAUUAAAUAGAUAACUGGUAUAUAUAGAACUUAUCAAGAGGUAGCUUACUACUUGUCUAAAAGUAAAGCAGAUAUUGUUGGAAUUAGUAUUCUAUUCUUGCUGUUCUUUGGAGUAAACUAGUUGCUAGGAUAGUUUACUAUAGAAUUCUUGAACUUGAUUAUCAAAUCAGUGAAGGGUGAAGACUAUAUCAGAGAUACUAAUGAUGAGCUAUGGGAAUAUACUUAGUACUUCUUAAUUUUAGCCUAUGCCCUAGCAGCACUGCCGCUCUGCAGAGUACUGAAUUACCAAAGAUUCAAGUAUCUCUGCUACCCAAUUCUGAUUACAAUAUGUCUGGUCUUUAUUUGCUUAGUUAUCAAUCUCGCUUUUAAUCUUACCAAAGGAGAUGUUUAAGGAGAUUUUUGUCAAAUUGAUUAUAAACAAAGAGAUCUAAUGAAAUUACCUACAAGUGAGAUGGGUGUUGCUUGGGCAAAUGUUGUACCCUCGCUGUGCUAUGCUUUUGGAUUUCAGAUUUAUUUGCUCUAAGUGCAUAAAUAGUUGGGAAGACCUGAUAAUAACGGAAUCGAGGGUACAAAAGUAGGCUUGAUUACUAUGCUAACCAUAUUCUUAGUCUAUUUCUUGCUAUUCUUAAUCACAAUAUUCUUUUUUGAAAAACACAACAUGGAAAAUUUUGUUAUCUACACUUAUGAUUUGAUUUUCAAUUCAGGAUUAAUCUUUGAGUUCUUUACUUAGAUAUUCGCAAUAAUUCAGCUUUUCUGUCAUUUGAUUUUUAUCUUCUAUAUCACAAAGGAAUAAGCUUUUAUCCUUGUGGAUGAGAUACAACGCAGUUCGAUGAGUAAUAUGAUUGAUGAGUUCAAGAAAUCCCGAGAGAAGGAUAAGGAAUACACUGUGACGAAGAAUUUUGAUUAAGAUAGAAACGUCACAUACAUUUAAUACAGACUACCUCAUAUGACAAUGCCUAAAAAGAGCAUGGAGACUACCUUCUGGAUACUAUACUUAGUAGUACUUAUUCUUGCUUUAACAUAGUUCCAAGUUUUUAUGAAUUCAGUGAGCUUUCUUGGGGCUACCUGUGUACCGCUCUCUCUCUAUAUUCUUCCAGGUUAUUUUUAUGCUAAGUUUCAUAAUGGAUAUUCUUAAAGAAAGUUUAUUGCUGGUGUUGUGUUCUCAAUAUUGGGUGUGGUGAUUAUGGCUUUAUACUCAGCUCUAGUUUUAUACUCUCAAGCCAGUAUACCUUUAAGUAAAUUGAAGAGCAAUUAAAUGUGA